GCGCGCUUCACACCGCAGCACGAGCGCCAUUACAGGUCCGCAGUCAUGCGCGCGUGAGAGAGACAGCAGGCCGCGACACGACCGAUAGCGUUUCCUGAGGAGAAAUCGAGUGAAAAGCGCGCUUGUGCCGCACGGAUCGAUCGGGCGGAUUUAAAUGUCUUUCGAUUGACGUUCGCCAGCAGCAGAUCGGAGCCACAAUGACGUCCAGCACCAAUGUGAUCCAGGUGACGAACGUGUCGCCGAGCAGCACCGCGGAGCAGAUGCGAACCCUGUUCGGCUUCAUCGGAACCAUCGACGAGCUCAAACUCUUUCCGCCAGAUGAUUCUCCCUUGCCUGUGACUUCACGUGUAUGUUUUGUAAAGUUCCACGAGCCGGAAUCGGUCGGAGUUUCCCAGCACCUGACCAACACGGUGUUCGUGGACCGGGCCCUGAUCGUCGUCCCCUUCGCCGAAGGAGUGAUUCCCGACGAAUCCAAGGCUCUGUCGCUGCUCGCUCCAGCCAAUGCCGUCGCGGGAUUGCUGCCAGGAGGCGGGCUCCUCCCGACGCCCAACCCCGUCCCAUCUAUCGGUGGCGUUCCUCUAGGCGGUCUAGGAGGGCCGAAUUUGGAUCCCAUGGCGGCUCUGGCCAUGGCGGCGCCCAACAUAAACCCUCAGUCAUUGUCAGCGGAGCAGCUUAUGAAGCUUAUGGCAUCUAUAGACCCCAAGCUGAAUCCCCUGGCCGCGGGGCUGAAUCUGACGCCUGGACUGAAAGCAGACGCCUCGAAUAAAGAGAUCGAAGAAGCCAUGAAGAGAGUAAGAGAGGCACAAUCUCUCAUCUCCGCUGCCAUCGAGCCUGGAAGUAAGAAGGAUGAUAAACGCAAGCGCUCCAGAUCCAGGUCCAGAUCCAGACGCAGGAGGUCCAGGUCCCGCUCCAGACACAGGCGUUCUAAGAGUCAUUCCAGACGGAGGUCUCGCUCCAGGAGCAGGAGGAGGUCCAAGAGCCCCAGGAGGAGGAGGUCUCACUCCAGGGACCGCAGCAGACGCUCCAGGUCCAGAGAUCGGAGGAAGGAUGAAAAGAACAGAAAACGUUCAAAAACUCCACCCAAGAGCUACAGCAGCGCCAGACGCUCACGCAGUUCCAGCCGCAAACGGCACAGGAGAAGUCGCAGCACGUCUCGAUCACCGAAGAAGUCACGAUCUCCCAAGAGGAAACUGUCCCGCUCCCCGUCUCCUCGCAGACACAAGAAAGAGAAAAAGAAGGAUAAAGACCGCGAGCGAGACCGUGACCGGGACAGGGACAGGGACAGGAAGGAUGACUGGGACAGAAAUCGGGACAAAAGGGAACGAUCCGCCAGCAAGAAGAGCAAAGACAAAGACAAGGACAGAGACAGGAAGUCAGACAGCGAGAAGGGAGAUGUGAAGGUGACCAGGGACUACGAUGAGGAAGAGCAGGGCUACGACAGCGAACACGAAGAAGAGCGCGAGAGGAACUCGGACGCCGCCUCGUCGCCGCAGGCCAAAGAGCCGCAAGCGGACAGCGCGGACGACGCCGGUCGCGGCGAGUCGGACGGAAACAGCGAAGACCAGCGAGACGAAGACAUGGACAUGAGCGACUAAAACAGCCCAGGAUCAGUGUUUGAGAUGUAUAGAGUUUAGAUGAAGGAAAGCCCAUCCUAGAUCUGAACUCGUCCAUUCCUUUUGUUUUUUUAAAAAAACCGCAUCCUCAGAAUCUGCUGUAUUUACUGGUACAUGCUCGUCUUAAAAUGUUCCCCGGGUUUUAGAGCUGUUUCUUCUCUCAUGGCUGAUGUGGAACCAUGUUAUACUGUAUAUUUAGUGUAGACAGUUGAAAAAUACACCCAGUCGCUAUGUCUGUUUGCAGUUUCUAUUUAAAGCAAUUACCCUCUAAUUAAAAGUGCUUGGAUAACAUUGUCAAGCAGUGUUUUUUUUUUUU